AUGCUGCUCGCGACGACGGGUGCCAACGCCGGCGCCGUGGACUCUGCGCUCCCGCCUCCCGUCCCUGCAGCCAAGCUGCUGCGAACAACGGCAUUGCGCUCGUUGAAUGCGUGGAAUGCGACGUUUGGCACGGCGUAUCGGAAGCUGGCGUUGGCGUGCGACUUUUUGAGCAACCAACUCAAGAUCAAUCUGCGCGACCCGGACUCGUCAAGCAUGACGCAGCGAGAAAUCCGAGAGCGCACGACGGCCAUGCGGAACCAACAAGUGCUGGAGCUGCGCCUGCGGACGCUGAUUGACGAUGAGCUGGAGGGACGGUUGGACGAAGUUCGCGAGACCCUUCGAGAGACCAACGCUGUGAUUGAGCUGCUCGUGCCAUCGAUUGAUGGGGCCACGGGCUCGGGCAAUGUUUCGAGCGCGAGUGGUGCGAGCCAUCUCACCGACCCUCAGCUGACUGCUCGCGCACACGGUUUGGGCUCGUCCCAUUAUCAACUGGAAGUGGCGCUGGACGGGCGUGCGUUGCAAAUUCGACGCACCACCGACAACAAGGCGCUCAUCGCCACCAUCACCGAUGCGUGCAAGCUGAUCGAGUCCAGACACUUGCCGUUCAUUGCGUCGUACAUUGAUUUGCUCGUUCAAGUCGGUGAAGCUGCGCUCGACUCCCACGCGACCCAACACUCGCGUCUGCGAGCAGCUAUUGACGUCAAGCGUGAGCUGCAAGCCAUGCUGGACAAGGCGCACGAGCUCGAGUUUGUCGGUGCCGAGCCGCUGCCCCCUGUCGACCAAGAAGACGGGAACGAGGACGAAGCGCAAAUUGCUGUGCAUUUGGAGCGCGACGACUUCAACGACGACGACUGGGUUUCAGGGAAGCGCAGUCGCGACGACGAUUCCGUGGACGAAGAGGAUGCCGAUGAUCAGGUUCAAGAGGAAGCUGCUGAGGCUGCUGCUCCUUCAGUCGCAACAGAUUCCGUCGUUUCGACAGCAAAUGCACCAUCCAAUCCAACAGUCAUCGCCACUCCCAAGCCAACAACAGCCGGAAGAGUCGUAGUUGCUGGAUCGACAGUCCCCAUCCCAAACAUUAACGCCAUGGACACGGCGCAUCGGUUUUGGGGCAAUCGAGACAGCGAUGAUUUGAUGUCGGACGUUCCGUCAGCGAUGCGAGAGGUGCUCGAGACCAGCGUCGUGACGUACCAACAAGAGCCCCUUGAGCCGGUAAAGUGGGCUUGCCGUGCACCCUUGGGCAAGGCAGGGCGUCUGUGCAAGCGCAUGGAUCGCGAGGUGUGUCCGUUUCAUGGGCGCAUCGUUCCAAGGGACGAAAGCGGCAACCCUACCGAUCCCAAGUUUCUGGAAGAGCUCGAGAAACGCCGGUAUGCGGAUGCGCUGGUUGCCGCGAGCGCGAUUUCUGCGUCGGGGAGCGUCAAGGUGGCAGGGCAGCGAAUGACAGCUGCCGCCAAGGUCAAGCGAGCCAAGCUCGAGGCGCCCGGCGUUGCCCUGGGACGAGCAGCACCUGGUGCAGAGGCUGGAGGCGAGCUCACGGCGCGCAAAGACGACGCAGAUCGCUUGUUUGAGCGCGAUACGGCCACGGUGCAGGCCUUGCGGGCGGGCCAUUCUGCGCUGGACGUGGCGUUGGCGCACGCCUUGACGACGAAUGCGCCUGGAAGCGAGCGCGUGAAUCGUGAAUGGAUGGGUCUUGAGCGUGAUAUUUUGUCCUCGCCCGCCGUGGCUGGCACGCUGGCGUCUCAAAAGCCAAAGCCACGCCUGACGGACAUUUCUGACGCGAGCUCCUCGGUGUCGUCGUCGUCGUCGUCAAGUGGCGGCGGUGGCAGCAGCAAGAGGGAUCCAGUCGCGUCCUUUGAAGCUCGUAUGCGGAAGGGCAACGCGUCAAGGCGGGCCAUUCUGGACCGAAUGGAGGCGCAGGAGGACAAGGCGCGCAGGGACCAGUUUGGCGACUUUUGGCAGUAUCGUGAAUAG